UAUUCUAUUCUAAAUACCAUUUCAAUAUUGAAAUCGUUGAAACAUCUGAAGUUUGAUAUUAGUUGAAAAUCUGAACUUGAGUUAGAAAAUUGUGCGUUAUAUAUAAAUAGGAAGAACAGAUAUUAUUUGCAAGAUCAGUGUACGUUAUAAAAUGCGUUUUAGAACGUAAAUAUACGAAACGUUAAAAAUUUUUUAUUUUUGAAGUAGAGAAGGCUGUGAAACUGACAAAAGCGCGCCGCCAUAUUGCGUGCUUGUGUUUAGUUACUGUUCUGGCGCGUGGUCAAGAAUUAUUAUACUCUUAAUUAAUUACCAUGUCCGAGAAUCAGGAACAGAAACCUGAAGCCGGCCCAGGAGACGCGAAUUCUGAAUACAUCAAGCUAAAAGUCGUUGGAAAUGACAGCAACGAAAUUCACUUUAGGGUAAAGAUGACCACCCAAAUGGGCAAGCUUAAGAAAUCGUACAGUGAUCGUGUGGGUGUACCUAUGACAUCUCUAAGGUUUCUUUUUGAUGGUAAAAGAAUUAAUGAUGAUGAAACACCAAAGCAGUUGGAAAUGGAAAAUGAUGAUGUAAUUGAAGUAUAUCAAGAACAAACAGGUGGUCUCUACUGAAAAAAUUACAAAUUAAUAUCAUGCAAUUUGGUUUUCAUAUUUUCUAAAGUGAAAGUGACUAUCAUAAGAAAAGGACAAGUUUAUUAAUAUGCAUAUAUAUGUUAAAGAAAAACAGUAUGUAGUUCCAUUUUCAUAUAAUAUUCUAAAUGUGCUGUUCUACAUUCCUGUAACAAGGCAAGUCUAAGGACCAGCAACACAAUCAAUUUUUUGUAAUGUAUACAUUCAUUGGUUAAAAAAUCAGUUAAGGCGAAUAAUUGAGACUAUCGGUUCUAUGAGAAUAUUCUAUGUUUUUCGUAUUAUACAUAAUCCCCUGUUUAAUUAAUUAGCUGUAGAUGUCAAAAGAAAAAUUCAUUAUUAGUUCCGUUAAAAGUAAAACAAAAAAGUAAAUUUUAGAUAAUAUGAACGUGGUUUAAUAAAAUUGUUGCAUUUAAGGUACAUCUGUAAUAAAAAAAAAAGUAACAACAAUAAUAUUUUUAUUUGCCCUCACAAAUAUGGUUUUCUAGAGAACUUGUAAAAAUGUGUGUAUGUGUAUUAGUUUUUAGACAUACAAUAUUAUGCUAAUUUAUUAAUACAAAUCAUAAUAUUUCUAAAGAGUUACACAAAAUAAUUACAUUUUUGUGUAAGUAAUGUGGAUGCUUGCUGUAUUUAAAGUAAUCAUAUACUAUAUAAGAAAAUAAUAGUUUAAUUUUACAGCAAAAAAUAAUAUAUGUUGAGCAAUAAGUAUUCAAAAUAUAUAAAAAAAAAACUAAUUAAAGAAUAUUUUAUAAAAAUUAUACUUGAAAUAUCAGUUUGUCAUGUAUUUCCAUAUUCUUUAUAUAUAAAUAUUAAUUUUUUUAUCUUUACAUAUACAUACAUACAUACAUACAUAUAUAUAUAUAUAUAUGUAUGUAUGUAUGUAUGCAUGUAUAUAUCUGUAUAUGUAUAUGAGCAUCCCCAUUAUAGUAUCUAUUUGGCCAUUUAAAAUAAUACAAUUUUUACAAUUGUAAUAAAGUUUAUUCUAGCAGAGAGGCAAGUGAAUUUCUUUCUGUAAUGUAAUAAAGAACAUGAUUCAAUACUCUCUUAUAUAUACUUAUUUUUUAUAUUCACAAUAAUUUAUUAUCUAUAACAGACAUGACACACAUUUUUAUUAUUUCUAAAAGAUAUGGCACAUUUAAGAGGAUAAAACUUGCCGAAGUAAUAUUGAAGUUAUAAUAGUUUUUUAAUUAUAUGUGAUUAAUUUUGUAUUUAAAUACUUAUAAUCUUAGAAAUGAAUAAAAUAACCUUUCAUGAAUA